AUUCCUGGACUACGGCGCGGGAGAGGGGGUAGGAGGGCCCUUGAAGGGUGCGCGUUCCCGUGGCGGUGUACCCGGUAGGUUUCAGUCAGAGUCACUAUGGCGGCCGGCGCUGGCAAGGUCGGAAAGUUUCCUGCCUCGCCGGGCGCAGCUUGAGCUUGCUCCAUCGGCCGUGAUCGGUGGAGGCUGCGGCGGACCCAGCCCGGGGCCUCCAGGCCUCUCCCCAACCUCCGGGCCAGUCUCCCUCCCCCACCUUCUCGUCCGCCGGGAGCUGCGGCUGCUGUCCCUGAGAUGCGACCCUCGCGGGGGCGACCCUGAGGGGAGGCGGCCCAUGUGCUGAGCGGCGACCAGGAGCCCAGGCGUCCGGGGACCAACUUCCUGCCGCCUGAGAACCCGAGCCUCCCGGUGUCGCGCCUCGCUCGGUCCGCACCGGCCUGCGGAGCCGGGUCCCCGCCCUGGUCGCGGGGACGCCCGCCAGGUGCCCGGGAGUCCGGACUUGGCCACUGCUCGCGCCCCGCCGGCCCCCACACCUCGCGCUGAGGACCCCAGGCACUGCCGCCUCGCCACGCCGGGGACCGCGUCCCCCUUCCCGGGGCGGCCUCCGCGCAGCAGGGGCGAUGCAGACUGUCCCACCGGCCGUCUAGAGCCCCUCCGCCUUCGUCACCUCUCGCCCUCCACUCCGGGCGAGGACGGGCGGUGGUUGCCCGGAGGUGCCCGGCCACACCUUCCUUCGGCCCAAAAGGACUUACUUUCCUGGCCGCCCCGAACCGACCCUUCCUUCAUGCUGCAGUGCUGCAGCGUUUCCGCCACCGAGGGGGAAAAGCGGCCGCGAUCUCAAACCAAACACAAGAAUUGGCGUGUGACUCAUCUGCUUGGAUACCUCCAGUCCCCAAACUGUGUUCCAGGAGUUUUCUUGGCCGAAGCUGCCCGAUGUUUGAGCCGUUUCUUCCCAGAGAGGAAGAUGGACUGAAAGCUGCCAGUUGGGGACUUUUUGUGAUCAGGGCACUGCUGGGUUUUGAAGGAGGUGAUGGGGCUUGCGCUGGCUUGUCUUCCCACCCAAGUGAAGAGUUGUUGAUGUUCACUGGUUAUGCGUAGACAAUGUGCAGUUUGUUUUAAUUUAAAAUUUUGGGUGGGAUAGGGGUAUAGGCUUGUGAAGGGCAGUCCGGAUCCGGAGGAACUCCUCUUUGUCCCUGGUAGGAGAGACACCCCCAGCCUAUCCUCGAUGCCGUCAGCCUUGGCCAUCUUCACUUGCCGCCCGAACUCGCACCCGUUUCAGGAGCGUCAUGUCUACCUGGACGAGCCCAUCAAAAUCGGCCGCUCAGUGGCCCGCUGUCGACCAGCGCAGAAUAAUGCCACUUUUGAUUGCAAAGUGCUGUCAAGGAACCACGCUCUCGUCUGGUUUGAUCACAAGACGGGCAAGUUUUAUCUUCAAGACACUAAAAGUAGUAAUGGUACUUUUAUAAAUAGCCAGAGAUUGAGUCGAGGCUCCGAAGAAAGCCCACCAUGUGAAAUUCUUUCCGGUGACAUUAUCCAGUUUGGGGUAGACGUGACAGAGAAUACACGGAAAGUUACCCAUGGGUGUAUUGUUUCUACAAUAAAACUUUUUCUACCGGAUGGUAUGGAAGCCCGGCUCCGCUCAGAUGUCAUCCAUGCACCAUUACCAAGUCCUGUUGACAAAGUUGCUGCUAACACUCCAAGUAUGUACUCUCAGGAACUAUUCCAGCUUUCUCAGUAUCUACAGGAGGCCUUACAUCGGGAACAAAUGUUGGAACAGAAGUUAGCCACGCUUCAGCGGCUACUAGCCAUCACCCAAGAGGCUUCAGAUACCAGUUGGCAGGCUUUAAUAGAUGAAGAUAGACUCUUAUCACGGUUAGAAGUUAUGGGAAACCAAUUACAGGCAUGCUCCAAAAAUAGUUUACGAAAGGAACUUAUCGCAUUACAAGAGGAUAAACAUAACUAUGAGACAACAGCCAAAGAGUCCCUGAGGCGGGUUCUUCAGGAAAAAAUUGAAGUGGUUAGAAAACUUUCAGAAGUUGAGCGAAGUCUGAGUAAUACUGAAGAUGAAUGUACCCAUCUGAAAGAAAUGAAUGAAAGGACUCAGGAAGAAUUAAGAGAAUUAGCCAAUAAGUAUAAUGGAGCAGUUAAUGAGAUUAAAGAUUUAUCUGAUAAAUUAAAGGUAGCAGAGGGAAAACAAGAGGAAAUCCAACAGAAAGGACAGGCUGAGAAAAAAGAAUUACAACAUAAAAUAGAUGAAAUGGAAGAAAAAGAACAGGAGCUCCAGGCAAAAAUAGAAGCUUUGCAAGCUGAUAAUGAUUUCACCAAUGAAAGGCUAACAGCUUUACAAGUACGGUUAGAACAUCUUCAGGAGAAAACUCUUAAAGAAUGCAGCAGCUUAGGGAUACAAGUUGAUGACUUCUUACCUAAAAUAAAUGGGAGCACAGAAAAAGAGCACUUGCUUUCAAAGAGUGGCGGGGACUGCACUUUUAUUCAUCAAUUCAUAGAAUGCCAGAAGAAGCUGAUCGUCGAAGGGCAUCUAACCAAAGCGGUAGAAGAAACAAAGCUUUCAAAAGAAAACCAGACAAGAGCAAAGGAAUCUGAUUUAUCAGACACUCUGAGUCCAAGCAAGGAAAAAAGCAGUGACGACACUACAGACGCACAAAUGGAUGAGCAAGACCUAAAUGAACCUCUUGCCAAAGUGUCCCUUUUAAAAGAUGACUCGCAGGGUGCACAGUCAGAAAUUGAGGCAAAACAAGAAAUACAGCAUCUUCGAAAGGAAUUGAUCGAAGCCCAGGAGCUAGCUAGAACAAGUAAACAAAAAUGCUUUGAACUUCAAGCUCUUUUGGAAGAAGAAAGAAAAGCAUAUCGAAAUCAAGUUGAGGAAUCCACUAAACAAAUACAGGUUCUUCAAGCCCAGUUGCAGAGGUUACACAUCAAUAUUGAGAAUCUCCGGGAGGAGAAGGACAGAGAAAUCACAAGUACUAGGGAUGAAUUGCUUAGUGCCCAAGAUGAAAUUUUGCUCCUUCAUCAAGCAGCAGAAAAGGCUGCCUCUGAGCGGGACACUGACAUUGCCUCUUUACAAGAAGAGCUUAAGAAGGUGAGAGCUGAGCUUGAGCGGUGGCGGAAAGCAGCAUCUGAAUAUGAGAAAGAAAUCACGAGUCUGCAAAACAGUUUUCAGCUUAGAUGUCAACAGUGUGAAGACCAGCAGAGAGAGGAAGCAACAAGGUUGCAAGGUGAACUGGAGAAGUUGAGAAAGGAAUGGAAUGCAUUGGAAAUUGAAUGCCAUUCUCUAAAAAGGGAAAAUGUUUCACUAUCAUCAGAACUGCAACGGCAAGAAAAAGAAUUGCACAAUUCUCAGAAGCAGAGUUUAGAGCUUACCAGUGAUCUCAGCAUCCUUCAGAUGUCUAGGAAAGAGCUUGAGAAUCAAGUGGGAUCCUUGAAAGAACAGCAUCUUCGGGAUUCAACUGAUUUAAAAACUCUUCUCAGUAAGGCUGAAAACCAAGCAAAGGAUGUACAGAAAGAGUAUGAAAAGACACAGACUGUACUCUCAGAACUGAAGUUGAAGUUUGAAAAGACUGAGCAGGAAAAGCAGUCAAUCACAGAUGAGCUCAAACAAUGUAAAAACAACCUGAAGCUGCUCCGAGAGAAAGGAAAUAAUAAACCCUGGCCCUGGAUGCCCAUGUUGGCUGCCCUGGUUGCAGUAACAGCCAUUGUGCUGUAUGUGCCAGGUCUGGCCAGAGCUUCUCCAUGAGAGCGUUCCUUGAGUCCGUACACCGUCCUCCCUCUAGAAGCUGGCAUCAUACUCAUGCUGGGGACAAACAGAACCAUUUUCUUCCUUUUUACCUCUUUUAAAACAGCAGAAGUACAAGAAUACAGCUGUAGGGUCAUUGCUUUAAAUUAUAUAAAAUGUAUCUGUCUAUAAAGAAGAUAUAAAAUUGUGACUUUACUGUAAGCAAUAAUUUGCUUGCAAUUUUUCAUGUAAUUUUUAAAUUAGUAUGUUGAGAUUCUGAAUAUUAUGGUGGCCUAAAGUAGGCUUCUUGGUACACCAGAUUAUUUAUAGCAUUAAAUUUAUGAGUAUUUUACUCUGAAGUCUGAUGACCAGAUAAUUCAUUUUUCUGAUUUGAUAAUUACCCAAACCAAACAACCAGUACAUACAUGGGAAGAGAGGCCCUGUGUGCUCAGUGCCUAUCAGUUUGAAAUAUAUACACAUAUAUAUAUAUUUUUUACAUAUUUACGCCAUUUUUACUUGUUAUAAAACCACUGAGCUAUUGGGAACAAGACUUAGAGAAAACUAAUUGCGUGGAUUUUUUUUUUUUUAAAGGAAAAAUACAUUUGGAAAAUAAACUGUUAUGGUGAUAAUUUGGGGAAUAUGUGCACGCUUGUUCAGCCUUAAUGAGACUUGAAGAUGUGGAGGACAUCAACUUUGAAAAACUUUCCAUGAGAGUGUGUAUUUUCUUGAGCAAACUGAAGUAUUUCUGGGAGCAAAAACAUAGUAAUUACACAAUUUCAGUGCAGUCAACCAAACUGUUGAGUCAAUUGGAAUGUAAUUUAUUAAACCUCAUGUAUUUAAAGAGAUAUUUUUCUUUAAAAGCCAAGUUACUUUCUCAUAUACAGCAUUUUAGGAAGCAUGAUUUUUUUUCUAUCAUCUAUUCCUCCAAGCAUGUUUAAUUGAAGAAAGUAUUAAUAUCUCUUUCGAUAAGCUUGUAUUGACCUAAUUUGGUUUAUGAUGUGUCAGAGCUAAUUCAUGUUCAGGGUGAGCUGUUGUACCUACCAACAGAUUUCCUGGUUGGGUAUGCAAAUGGUUAUUUUCUUUUUAUUGUUGUUAAUUGGGACUUUCUGUUAAUGAAAAGCACUAUUCCCAAGAUUAAUAGUGUUCUAUGCACAAUGAAGCACCUAAAAACACUGCUUGAUAUUAUAAAUUUAAAACACAGAAGUGAAAGUUUAGCCAUGGUUUUGUGUGACAUCAUAGUUAUGUCAGUAAGGGUUAUUUAGGUCAUAGAAUAUCCUAAAGUAUCACAUAGUUAAAUUUUUCAGUCAAUGAAGACUGGGAGGGAAUGUCAGUGAAUUGGCUUGAAUGUUCUGUGGCAAUCCGCAAGUCUAGCCAAAUAUUGAAAUAGGAGUUUAGGGUAUAAUUUGCCUUGUGAUGUUUGGCAGUCACUGUUUAUACUUUAAAGGUUAUAUUUUAAGCUAUUAGGGAUUACUGUUGGGAGGAUCACUAGAUUUAUGGAGGAAUUAGUCACAAAUGACUUGUAGAGAAUACUGUCAUAUAGUUCAUUUCAUCAUUUUCUGUUGCAGGAAGCCACUCCACCACAGAAUGCUAAUAUGCCAGUGGUACCCAGUACCUCUUGUAUAUAGGUUAUUGCAAAUAUUGUUCUGAAAUGCUUAACUUCAGAAUUACAUUUUUUAAAGUAAAUAAUUGUUUUAAAUCUAUUUUGUAAAGAUAUAAAGUACAAUAGAAUUUCUGGAGUACAGAUUAAACUAUUUGCACUAACACACGUGAUGUGCAUGAUUUAAUAAAAUAACUACUCUCCCUA